AUCGCCUUCAUUUCCCCCAAAUCCUUCCUUUUCCUCUCCUCCCCCAGGGCCGGCGGGGAGGCAGCUUCCACUGCCCACCGCGCGCUCUCGCCCGGCCUUCCUCUGCCUCCGGGGACCGCCAGCAGUCCGCUUCCAAAAGUUUGAUCAUCUCUCUCUCUCUCUCUUUUUUUCCUUGCUGCUUCUUCCUUUUCGGUGGAAACACAAAAAAGAGCGAGACAGGGGCGAGCGCGGCGCCCGGACUCCUGGGACCAUGGGCCUGGGGCGGUCGCCCGCGGGGCUCCGGCCGCGCUGCCUGCCCGCUCCGGAGCCGCAAGGCGCGGGGCUGCGCUGGGGGCGCCGGGGCCGCGCGCUCUGAGCCGGCCUGGCGCGGCGGGGCGGGGGGCUGGCGGCCCCAUGGGGCGCGCCCACACUUGCCCCCGGGGCUCGGGAGCAUGAAGUAGGGGCCCGCCAUGGGAGCGGGAUCGGCGCGGGGGCUCCGAGGCACAGCGGCGGCGGCGCGCGGUGGGGGGUUUCUCUUCUCCUGGAUCACAGUCUCGUUUGUUUGUCUCCUGGCUUCCACCCAAGGAGCUCCUGAAGAUGUGGAUGUCCUGCAGCAGCUGGGCCUCGGCGGAACGAAGGCGGCAGGGGGCCGGAGCCCCGCGCCCCCGCCGGGAGUCAUCCCCUUCCCGUUGGGCUUCAUCUUCACGCAGCGGGCCCGGCUCCAGGCCCCCGCGGGCGCCGUCAUUCCGGCUGCCCUGGGCGCGGAGCUGGCGCUGGUGCUGAGCCUCUGCUCCCACCGCGUGAACCAUGCCUUCCUCUUCGCCGUCCGCAGCCGCGAGCACAAGCUGCAGCUGGGCCUGCAGUUCCUCCCGGGCCGGACGGUCGUCCACCUGGGGCCCCGGCGCUCCGUGGCCUUCGACCUCGACGUGCACGACGGGCGCUGGCACCACCUGGCCCUCGAGCUCCGCGGCCGCACGGUCACCCUGGCGACGGGCUGCGGGCAGCGCCGGGUGCGCAUCCCGCUGCCUUUCCACAGGGACCCGGUGCUCGACCCCGAGGGCUCCUUCCUCUUUGGGAAGAUGACCCCGCACGCGGUCCAGUUUGAAGGGGCCCUGUGCCAGUUCAGUAUCUACCCCGUGACGCAGGUCGCCCACAAUUACUGUACCCACCUGAGAAAGCAGUGUGGACAAGCUGACAUGUACCGGCCCCAGCUGGGACCCCUCUUGCCACAAGACUCUGGCACACCCUUCUCCUUCCAGACUGACCCUGCGCUGCUUGGCCUGGGGAACGUAACCACUGCCAUGCCAGCUCUGGGGUCACGGCCAGCAGGCAGGAGGGCCAGGGUGACCGUGGCGCCCACUGUGACCCCCAAGCCCCUCAGGACUAGCGCCAGGGACCCUCACCAGCGCAUGGCAGCGGGCGGCCCGGCCCGGACGCCACGGCCACCUUCCAAGCUGUCGACCAGUAAAGCACUUCCUCCUGUGUCCCCCAACUCUCCACACAUCUCCCCCAGCACUCUCCAUCCUGCAGCUCCACCUGCCCAGCCCCAGCGGAAGAGGGUAGCCACCCAAAUCCCCAAACGUCUCCCCAGCAAGCGUCCAACCCCUUCUUCGGUCGCCCCUGUCAGAAGCCCCCGCCCCACCCAGAAGGCAGCCGCAUCUUCCCUCACCAAGCCGGACCCACCCACCUCCCGCCUGGUUCCUGCCAAGGUUUCCGGUCCCAGGGUAAAGCCAAUCCCGGGGAACCCUGUGAUGCCCGGAUCCCCACCCCCCAGCUCCCGGCCUCUACCUCCUGCCUCUGGCUCUGCCAAAAAUCCUGUUCCCACAGUGACCUCAACUGAGGCUAAAAUGGCCACUCGUGCCAGCAAGCCAGGCCCUGCCCGCACCGGCACACACAGACCUUCCCAAAGCUCUGUUUUGCCCCUGUCUCCUGUCCCCGGGCCUGGCUCUCCCAGGACCCCUCAGCCACCAGCCACAGCGGGGCCUCCAACCUCGGGCGCCAGAACUUCCAGAACGGCACCUCCCCCCAUCGGUCCUACUGCAGCCCCCAGCAGAAGCAAGAAGCCCACUGGGUUGGAAGCUGUGAAGAAAGCUGGGCGCAAGAGCAGUUCCAGGAAGCCAGCCCCCCUCAGACCUGGCAAGGCAGCCAGGGAUGCCCGGUGGAAGAGUCCGACAGCCCAACCCAGCCCCAGGCCACCCCUGCCCAGUCGAUGGACCACCUUGGCCCCAGCCCUGGACCCCGUGCGUCUCCUGGCCUCCAGCCCCUGGCCCACGAGCAGUGCCGCUUCCUUCUUCCACCUGGUGGGGCCCACGCCUUUCCCCCUGCUGAUGGGACCUCCGGGGCCCAAGGGAGACUGUGGUUUGCCGGGUGCCCCUGGGCUUCCUGGGCUGCCUGGACCCCCUGGUGCCCGAGGGCCACGGGGUCCUCCUGGGCCUUACGGAAAUCCAGGCCUCCCCGGUCUCCCUGGAGCCAAAGGACAGAAAGGGGACCCGGGGCUCUCACCAGGAAAGGCCCAUGAUGGGGCAAAGGGCAACGUGGGCUUGCCUGGGCUCCCCGGGAAUCCAGGACCUCCUGGACGAAAGGGCUACAAGGGUUAUCCUGGACCGGCAGGGCACCCCGGAGAACAGGGGCAGCCAGGACCUGAGGGCAGCCCAGGGGCCAAAGGUUACCCUGGCAGGCAGGGAUUACCUGGACCGGUAGGAAACCCUGGCCCCAAAGGCAGCCGGGGCUACAUCGGUCUCCCGGGGCUCUUCGGCCUGCCGGGGUCUGACGGAGAGCGUGGUCCACCUGGCGUUCCUGGCAAGAGGGGCAAGAUGGGUAGGCCGGGGUUUCCUGGAGACUUUGGGGAAAGAGGCCCUCCCGGACUGGAUGGAAACCCUGGUGAACUGGGCCUGCCAGGGCCCCCAGGAGUCCCCGGCCUCAUUGGUGACAUGGGAUCGUUGGGUCCAGUUGGCUACCCAGGACCCAAGGGCAUGAAGGGGCUGAUGGGAAACGUGGGGGAACCCGGACUGAAAGGUGAUAAGGGUGAACAAGGGGUUCCAGGUGUUUCAGGAGAUACUGGAUUCCAAGGAGACAAGGGGAGCCAGGGGUUGCCAGGGUUCCCAGGCGCACGGGGGAGGCCAGGGCCUCUGGGCAAAGUUGGAGACAAAGGAUCCUUUGGGUUUCCUGGGCCCCCUGGCCCCGAGGGCUUCCCUGGAGAUAUUGGCCCCCCUGGGGACAACGGCCCAGAAGGCGAGAAGGGUAAGCCUGGAGCUCGAGGCCUGCCGGGACCCCGUGGGCAGCUGGGGCCCGAGGGAGAUGAGGGACCUAUGGGGCCACCAGGGGUCCCAGGCUUGGAGGGUCAACCUGGCAGGAAGGGGUUCCCUGGGAGGCCAGGCCCGGAUGGCGUGAAGGGGGAGCCAGGAAAUCCCGGGCGGCCGGGGCCCGUGGGAGAGCAGGGACUUCUGGGAUUCAUUGGUCUGGUCGGGGAGCCAGGAAUUGUAGGAGAAAAGGGGGACCGGGGCAUGAUGGGACCCCCAGGCGUGCCGGGACCCAAGGGGUCGAUGGGUCAUCCUGGAAUGCCAGGUGGUGUCGGGACCCCCGGAGAGCCUGGACUCCCGGGUCCUCCAGGAUCUCGAGGCCUACCAGGCAUGAGGGGAACAAAGGGAGUCCGGGGUCCCCGAGGACCAGAUGGAACAGUUGGGGAGCCCGGGUCCAGGGGCCUAAAGGGCCCCCCCGGACCCCAGGGCAGACCGGGCCAGCCUGGGCAGCAGGGCACGGCCGGCGAGCGAGGGGACUCGGGCCCACGAGGCUUUCCCGGCAUCCAGGGUCCCUCGGGCCCCCCCGGCACCAAGGGCCUCCCAGGAGAACCGGGCCUCCAGGGCCCCCAGGGUCCAGUUGGUCCUCCAGGAGAGAUGGGAGCCAAGGGGCCUCCGGGUGCAGUGGGAGAACCAGGCCUUCCUGGGGAAGCAGGAAUGAAGGGUGACCUUGGACCUCUGGGCAUCCCUGGUGAGCAGGGCCUCAUUGGGCAGCGGGGAGAGCCAGGCCUAGAGGGUGACAGUGGCCCCGUGGGGCCUGACGGGCUGAAGGGAGACAGGGGUGACCUGGGGCCUGAUGGUGAGCAUGGUGAGAAAGGCCAGGAGGGUCUGAUGGGUGAAGACGGGCCCCCUGGUCCCCCUGGCAUCACUGGCAUCCGGGGACCUGAAGGAAAACCAGGCAAGCAAGGCGUGAAGGGCCGGACUGGAGCCAAGGGUGCCAAGGGCUACCAAGGACAGCUGGGUGAGAUGGGCGUCCCCGGAGACCCCGGACCCCCUGGCACCCCAGGCCCUAAAGGGUCCCGGGGCAGCCUGGGACCAAUGGGUGCUCCGGGACGGAUGGGGGCCCAAGGAGAACCAGGACUGGCUGGUUAUGACGGACACAAGGGCCUUAUGGGGCCCCUCGGACCUCCUGGACCAAAAGGCGAAAAGGGGGAGCAGGGCGAGGAUGGCAAAGCCGAGGGGCCCCCUGGGCCGCCUGGAGAUCGGGGCCCUGUGGGUGACCGAGGAGACCGUGGGGACCCGGGGGACCCUGGCUACCCUGGUCAGGAGGGUGUGCAAGGCCUCCGCGGAAAGCCGGGAGAGCAGGGCCUGCCCGGGCAUCCGGGACCCCAGGGGCUGCCGGGACCCAAAGGAUCCAAAGGCGAAGAGGGACCAAAGGGAAAGCAAGGCAAGGCUGGGGCCCCAGGAAGGAGGGGGAUCCAGGGCCUGCAGGGGCUGCCAGGGCCCCGGGGCGUGGUGGGGAGACAGGGUCCUGAGGGCAUCACUGGACCUGAUGGGCUUCCUGGCAGGGACGGCCAAGCUGGUCAGCAGGGAGAGCAGGGAGAUGACGGGGACCCUGGCCCCUUGGGCCCUGCUGGGAAGAGAGGAAAUCCAGGUGUGGCCGGCUUACCUGGAGCACAGGGCCCCCCAGGAUCCAAGGGUGAAAGCGGGUUACCUGGGCAGCUUGGUCCCCCUGGCAAACGAGGGACAGAGGGUGGAACAGGACUUCCUGGGAACCAGGGGGAGCCUGGAUCCAAAGGCCAGCCGGGUGACGCUGGCGUGAUGGGCUUCCCAGGAAUCUCCGGCCUCUUCGGACCCAAGGGCCCCCCUGGAGACAUCGGCUUCAAAGGCAUCCAGGGGCCGCGGGGGCCUCCCGGCUUGGUGGGAAAGGAAGGCAUCAUUGGGCCACUGGGAACCCUGGGACCUUCGGGACUUCCGGGCCCAAAGGGCAACAGAGGCAGCCGAGGGGACUUGGGAUUGCAAGGUCCGCGGGGUUCUCCCGGCCCGAGAGGGCGGCCUGGCCCACCGGGUCCUCCAGGGAACCCUAUCCAGCUUCAACAGGAUGACCUUGGGGCAGCUUUCCAGACGUGGAUGGACACUAAUGGAGCGUUCACACCAGAGGGUCGUGGCCAUCCGGAACGGCUGGUGCUGGACCAGGGAGGGGAGAUCUUUAAAACCUUACACUACCUCAGCAACCUCAUCCAGAGCAUUAAGACGCCCCUGGGCACCAGAGAGAACCCUGCCCGGGUCUGCCGGGACCUCAUGGACUGUGAGCAGAAGAUGGUGGAUGGCACCUACUGGGUGGACCCAAACCUCGGCUGCUCCUCUGACACCAUCGAAGUCUCCUGCAGCUUCACGCAUGGUGGACAGACAUGUCUCAAGCCCGUCACGGCCUCUAAGGUCGAGUUUGCAGUCAGCCGGGUCCAGAUGAAUUUUCUGCACCUGCUAAGCUCCGAGGUGACACAGCACAUCACCAUCCACUGCCUCAAUAUGACCGUGUGGCAGGAGGGCACCGGGCAGAUCCCAGCCAAGCAGGCCGUGCGCUUCCGGGCCUGGAAUGGGCAGAUAUUUGAAGCUGGGGGUCAGUUCAAGCCAGAGGUGUCUGUGGAUGGCUGCAAGGUCCAGGACGGCCACUGGCAUCAGACGCUCUUCACCUUCCGGACCCAGGACCCCCAGCAGCUGCCCAUCGUCAGCGUGGACAACCUCCCUCCUGCCUCAUCAGGGAAGCACUACCGCCUCGAAGUUGGACCCGCGUGCUUCCUCUGACCUCUGACCUCCCGGCUCCUCUAGGCCUCGUGGGGGAGGGGAAAGGAGGAGGAGGCAAGGGGAGGCCACCAAGGGGCAAGUGGGGCCAGGAGAGGAGCCCACCUGCCCAAGGUGUCUUGGACGGGUCCCCAGCUGUGGGCUGCCCAGGAGAAGUGGGUGGGGGGAGCCGGGGACAGGGCAUCCUGGGGAGCCACUGGUCCCAGCUCAGACCCAAAGACCAACCAAAGAGCCAGCCGGAGUAGGCUGGGCUGGCCACCGCUGGAGCCCCUGGCCUGUCUCCCGGCUCUGCGGCCACCCCCUCCCUCCCCCAGCCUUCUGCCCAAAGAGCCCCACGUUCAAGUCAACUCAAGGGAAGGGGGCAUCUCGCCAGCUGGUCCCUGCCAGGGAGAUUCUGAUGUGCAAUAUUAGAAAGGAGACAUGAAAAAAAAAGGAGAAAAGGAAAGAAAGAAGUAUAUAUAUAUUUUAUUUAAACAAACACAAAGAAGGUGCGUUACUAUUUUUUCACCUGGGAAAGAGGUGAGACCGUAAUAGAGAGCAGCCAGGGGGUGGGCAGCGCUGCGUGCGGAGAGGCAGUGGCGAGAUCCUCGGGGCUGGGGGUACCCGCGUUUGCUACCUCCCACUGUGAAAUCGCUGGUGCUCGAAUUGUCUUGUAAUGUAUGUGAUUUUUUUUUUUAAGGGGAAAAAAAAAAAAACUAUUUAAGAUUCUGAAGGUGCUACCAUUUUGCUACAGACUUUGAAGAACCUUUUUGAUGUGGGGCCCUGUCCUACAUCUUUCUCUCUCCUCCAAAUGGCAAAGUUUGAGGCAUUUAAAAUUUUUUCUUGUCGUCACCCUUGUGCUAAUCAGGUAAUCUGCUAAGGAGGGGAAAAAAAAAAGGAAAAAUUUAAACAAACAAACAAACAAAAAAACCCCUACCAAAAGCGAGAAGUAGAGAGAUUUUUACCUUUUAACUUAUGGACUUUGAAAUGUUUGUCCUCUUACGGCGGAGGGAGGCCUGAGCAUGAAGGAUUUUAACUCGGCCUCUUGUGGUCCUCAAGGGAAGUUAGGCCUGCCUUGGAGGGCAGGGCCUGGAGAGGCGCUGGAAGAAACUUUGGCUUUGAAGAGACCCCAUGAGUGGUGCUGGGUCAAGGCGAGCUGGAGCGGUGAAAUAAAAGUAUCUGACCAUCUUGCAAAGCCACAGAAUGCUUCCUCUAAGGGUGAGCCCUUCCAGGAGCCUGUCCUGCUAAGGGGCAUCGUUCUUGCUUUUUCAUUGUCAUUAAAUUCCAUAGAAACCCAGUAUCAUUAUCUCCAAGAGUGAAUUGGGGGCGAGGAGAAAGAAUGAUUAUGGGAAUCUUGGAGUUCAGAAUUAAUAGUGAUAUUCAGUUUAAUCUGAAUUGUCAUAUCUGCAAACAAGUCAGCGCCCAAAUUGAAUUUGGGGGUUAUUUUUAACUAUGGAAUUAUUUUUAUAGAAGGGGAAAAUUUAUGUGAAAGUCUCUAUUUGUGUAUUUUCCUAAGGCUGUGUCUCUUUGGGAAUUGGAUUUGAUUUUCAUUAUUUAAUACCUCACUCUGGCCUGCCCUCCCUACCCUGACACCUCCUGUAUUCCUUGCCCCCUGUUCAGCCUGGACAUUCCCAACAGAAGUGCGUUUUUGUAGUGCUAGGUUCCCCACGCCACCAGACUGACCUGUCUGCUGUCUAGUUCUUGGGUUUUUCGGCUGUCCUUGUUAUGUCUCUGUCCACAUGUCAGUGUGUUAAAACCCCAAUGGGUUAUUUUUCUUCUUUUCCCUUCUGGAUUUUAAAUAAAUAUUUAAAACUGA